GCCAAACAUCAGAGCACCCUAGAAAGCUUAACUAAAAGAAUGCUCAUGUUUGACCCAGUCCCUGUCAAGCAAGAGGCCAUGGACCCUGUCUCGGUGAGAGAUGUGCACCAGACUACAGCGAUCACUGUUCUAGGAGAUUAUGCAGCUUACGAUGAUAUGGAUAAAGAAAGAAAGGACAGAAGAACGAAACACACAAUCUUAAUGAGAAACUGACAUCGGAACCAGAUAAAGAUAAAUACUGCCUGGUGCCCUCCUCCUGAUACUCUGAUGAUCAGUAGGCUUAGAGUAGAGACCAGGCCAUCUGAGUUUUGAAAACAGCCCAGUCAUACCCGUCUAAUUACAUGGAGUCCAUGAAGCCCAACAAGUACGGAGUCAUCUACUCCACACCAUUACCUGAUAAGUUCUUUCAGACCCCAGAAGGCCUGUCGCACGGGAUGCAGAUGGAGCCCGUGGACCUCACCGUGAACAAGCGGAGUUCACCACCCUCUGCUGGAAAUUCUCCUUCCUCACUGAAGUUCCAGUCUUCACACCGGAGAGCCUCGCCUGGGUUGAGCAUGCCCUCUUCCAGCCCGCCAAUGAAAAAGUACUCGCCUCCUCCCCCGGGAGUGCAGCCCUUCAGCAUGCCGCUAUCCAUGCCGCCGGUGAUGGCCGCAGCCCUCUCCCGGCACGGAAUUCGGAGCCCAGGGAUACUACCGGUCAUCCAGCCGGUCGUGGUGCAGCCCGUCCCCUUUAUGUACACCAGUCACCUCCAGCAGCCGCUCAUGGUUUCCUUGUCAGAGGAGAUGGAGAAUUCAAAUAGUAGCAUGCAAGUACCUGUAAUUGAAUCAUAUGAGAAGCCUAUAUUACAGAAAAAAAUUAAAAUAGAACCUGGGAUCGAACCACAGAGGACAGAUUAUUAUCCUGAAGAAAUGUCACCCCCUUUAAUGAACUCAGUGUCCCCCCCGCAAGCAUUGUUGCAAGAGAAUCACCCUUCAGUCAUAGUGCAGCCCGGGAAGAGACCGUUACCUGUGGAAUCUCCAGACACCCAAAGGAAGCGGAGAAUACACAGAUGCGAUUAUGACGGAUGCAACAAAGUGUACACUAAAAGCUCUCACUUGAAAGCCCACAGAAGAACACAUACAGGAGAAAAGCCCUACAAAUGUACAUGGGAAGGAUGCACAUGGAAGUUCGCUCGGUCUGAUGAACUAACAAGACAUUUCCGAAAACAUACUGGAAUUAAACCUUUCCAGUGUCCAGACUGUGACCGCAGCUUUUCCCGCUCUGACCACCUUGCCCUACAUAGGAAACGCCACAUGCUAGUUUGAACGCCUCCGUCUCCCGCCUCCACGUGGCUCUCCACUCUCCCGGCUCUCUCUCUGUCCUCCCUCCAUUAUCUAACUCAUUUUUUACAUGUACAUUUUAAUUUUGAUUCAGCUGGUCUGAAUCUCUGGAUUUAUAUCAUUCACAAUUUCCAUAUGGUCAGUAGUAGAUACUCUUUAAUCCUCCCUCUCUUACCACGGGUCAGACCUAAAGAAUGUGAACACUUUUUUUUUUUUUUUCCGGGGAUGCUAAGCAAACCCUUCUUACAGAUACGUUUAAUGUAAUGAGAACAAGGGAACAUGUAAACUAAUGGCACCAAUUGUCAGUUUCUCCAUGUAUUCCUCAAAAGAAUGUCAAAGUAAAUGUAUUAGAAAUACAGUAUCCAGCCUGCUAGUCCUUGCCGGAGACAUUCAUACCUCUGUGCCCUUGAUCGCAUUUUGUGCUCAACAGCGGAAAGAAGGGUGGACCCUUUCAAGGUUAGCUAGAAGUGCAAUAAGAUUUCAGGCCAGAACAGCCAGCUCUUCCAUUGUCCUUUGUAAAUCUUGCUUGUCAGCUUGGAUUUAUCACUUCAUCUAAAUUAAGUCCUUUCUCCACCUUUGUGCCUGAAGCUAAUAAGGAGGUCUUUGCCACCAUUGGGAGAGGAGGCAGAGCUGCUCAUUUAGGUGGGUGAUGUCUGUCAGUUCAAGGGAUGGAAGCUAUACCUGCGUAGCAUGGAGUCAGAGCAAAGGGACAUUGAGCAGGGGACAAAGGAGGAAGCUGGCCAUUUCUCCUGGGCCAGGGGUUGUCAGUGAGGUUUCCUCAUUUGGUUAGUUGUGCAGUGCAUUCCCAGAGCUUCAGUCUGUAUGCACAUUCGGCUGUGUAGAACCAGACUGCAGAGCCAAAUACUGAUGGGUUAUCCACGCACCUAUCUCCAUUCCUACAAUGUCCUUAAUGUCAGUCAUCAAGCGUUGAUAGUAGGGAUGCCACAAAAAUAUUUGCUUAGUAAUGGUAAAAAAAUCUUCUAGGUAAGAAUAUGGAUGGCCUUUCUUUUACCCAACCUACUUAGAGCUUUUUUUGCAAAUAGGGAAAUGUUGAGUGGUAAUUGUAUUCCCAUAGCAAAUUAAUCAUACCUUUCAUACAGAAACUCUUCUGUGUGAGCUGUAAGGUGCCAAAUUGGCUGUCAUUUGUGUUCACAACACAUAUAUGUCAUAAAUAAGCAUCUGCUAAUGCUUUAGUAGAUUCAUUCGAUUUAAGACCUGAGCGACACUAUUUGUAAAUAUAAAUAGUUGUGAAGCACACAUACCUUUAUUUAGGGGACAGAUUUCAGAAAAAUAUAGAAAACUACAGUUCAGGGAUGCAUAAUGUAGCUCAAAAAUUCCCAGAAGUUUACUCUUGGAGCUGGCAAUCUCCUGUCACUAUCAAGUAUCCUGUCAGAAGAACAAACUGAAAAUGACUCGUGUUUAUAUUGAAGAUAAAUAACAUUGUUUGGGGGAAGUUUUUCAAAAGCAGGCUUUUGAGCACCAUAGUCUAAAUGCCAAUAAAAAUAAUUCGUGCAUAGAAAUGUCAUUGAUCCUAAAUUGGAAGACAGUGGGCAACGAUGGUCAUAUGUGGGUGCAUAUAACCCAAUGCGCCUUCAUCCCUCGAUAAAAGAUGGAGAAGAGAGAAGAAUGGAAUCCUGAAGAUCCAUCCCAGCCACAACUCAGGAUCCAACACAACCUUCACUGGGAGGAAUACACUGUUAAUUGUUCUUAAAACAUCAGUGAAUGAGUGAUUCUGGAGGCCUUCGAAUUGUGUGGGGAGCUUACUUUGAUGGCGCCAUGUUAAUAAAAGUUAGUUUGUAGGGCCUGUGCAUCUAGGAGAUCCCAGCCAUCAGCCCUCUGAACCUACUGGAAGGAAAUGUAGUUGAGAAAUGCAAAGUGAUUUGUUAUCUUGGCACUUGGUUUUCCUUUUCUUUUCUUUUUUAAGCACUGCAAAAUUUCUUUAGAAUAUUAAAACAUUCUAAUUGGUUUCUUUUUUUUUUCUUUUUUUGCAACUAUGACACGAAUUGAGGGAUAAAAAUGGCUCUUGGAAAAGUAGAUAUUGUCUAUAUUGUAAAUGGUCAAUCACAUUCAUGCCAAAGUGUUUAUUUCUUGAAAUGGUUCUUCCGCAACACACUGAAGAAUUAAUUAAGUUGGAAUGCAAGGAACUUUUUGGUUUGAUGGCGAUAACCAGUUUAUGUGUUCCAACCCAUAUAGAAGGUGGGAAAAGGGGCGAGAAAGGGUAGAAUUGAUCUUUGAAUAAUCCACUUUGAGUCUGAGUCCAGUUAAUAGAAGGCUUCAUGGGUUUCAUGAAAUUUGAUGUUUGCUACGGCAUAUUUAAAUUUUGUUCAAAAGAACAAUGAUGACCCUGCAAAGACUCUUACAUUACUAUUCAGCUUGCUUAGAUUAUGUUAACAGUUCGUGAACAAAAAUCCACUUUAACUCUGAAAGAAAAGCAACCCCGAGAGGCCAUUCUCUGUUCCCAUGCUGGUCUGUACACUUCACUUACCAAUUGGCUCUUACCAAAUUUUCCUUUUUUAUAUAUAUUUGUAUUUUACUAUGAUAGUUCAGAAAUUUAGUCUCUUAGUCAUUCUUAGCUGUUAUUGUGGAAGACCUCAAAUACAAGGUGACAUGCCCUUAAACAUGUGGUUUGAAUGAUGUGCCAUGUUACUAUCAAUGGUGAUUUUAAUUGCAGUAUGUUAAAUUGAUGAGAAUGAUCUGUAAACAUCAAGUUAGUCUUGUAUAAAUUCUGUUUGUUAUAGAAUUUCUUUGAUUAUCAUCCAAGUGUCAUCUUGAGGAAAAAGUCAGAAAAAUUAAAUCUGAAUCCAUCAUAUUUUAGAGUUCUAAAAUGUGAACCUACAUCAUCAGUGGGCAUUAACAUUCUAAAUUGCUUGGUUUGGAGAAUGUGUUAGCAGUAGAGCUGUGUUCAACUAAAGAAAUGCUAAGUACACAGACGUUUCAAGAGCCUUGGACCAGAUUUACAAGGAAACUAUAUAUGUACGUGUAUAUUUCAUUAAACACCCAUCUGCACUAUCUGUUGCACUAAUGUGGAAUUUAAAAGAUAUUGCUGAUACUGUAUAUCUGCACAUCACUCUUAAUUAGAUUGUUUUAAAGACAAUCUCAAAGAUGUAAGGUUUUAAAAUACUUUGGUUUGAAAAUAUACAGUCAUCUUGAAAGAAUUGCUGUCACACAUGAAGUUGCUCAGAGUUGUCUUUAUUCUCUUCUUCGUCAAGGUUAACAAUUUCUAAAUGAUUGCAAAUUCACUUAAGAAAUAAUACAUUUACAAAGCCAUUUUACAUGCAUUAAACGAGGGCUAUAACAAUAUAAUGUUUUACAAAUACUAGCACUUUUUGUUUGGUUGUUUUUUGGGUUUUUUUUUUUUUUUUGCUGUUAUGUACUUAGUGUUAGAGAGUCAAAAUAAUCUUUCUGCUUAGCAUCUCUUAAACUAUACCUGCAAGUAUAGCAGGAUUAUUACAUUUACAGUACUUUAAUACUUGUAUAAACUAUGCAGAAAUUUUUAAUAAAGUGUAAUAUAUUUUAUAAGCUAAUAAGACUGAAUGGGUUAAAGGUUUUUAGCAUGCAUUAGUAUACUUGCAAAUACUGAAACAUUUUGGUAAUCUUUCUUACUAAAGAUGUGAAUGUUUAAUGUACCUUCUCUGUUUCUACUCUGUAGUCCAAUGGGAAUUCAGUAAUGACAUUUUGUCAUGUCAAACUGUGAACAUAAAUUUGUACUGUACAGUCCUCAUAUACUAUAUACAGUAUGCAAUAUAUGUAUUAUAUACUUGUUAAUAAAACCAUCAGAAUAUUAA